AUGGUUCCUGCACCGAGCUGCCCCUACACAUGGGAUUAUUGGAUGUCCACGCCCUCGGACUACGUGGAGCUGACAUGUCUUAUGCCAAAUUCUAUAUACCUAGCAGUGACUGUUAGUUGGGAUUCAACUCUCCAAGAUGUUAAGGAGGAAUUAUGGGACCUGGCGGGGAAGCAACCCUUGUUUGGGAUGCUCCAUGAGAUGUCGGGAUAUGUUUUCCAGUUCAUCAAUUCUUUAGCAGUUCCCGAGGAAGUUGAUGAUGAGAACAAGAGGGUUCGUGAUAUACGGCCAGUAUUUGGAGUGCUUAUGAUUAUUGAGCGUUCCAUAGAAGGGCCCGGGGAACAAUUGUUAAACACACAUAUCAGUCAUUUGAUCGGAAAAGGUUUGAAUGAAUUUGAUAGACUUAGAAGUUCAGAGGUCAAUGACUUUAGGAUGAGAAUGAGGUAUUUGGCCGAGGAGAGUUUAUUGAAGCGUGCUCAGAGCACGAGACUCGAGAGGUUGAAGUACCACUGUCCACCGAGAUUGGCGGACAAUCCUACAGUACCAUUGACAUUAACCAGCCACCUAAACAAUAACUGCUUCAUACUUGUAACUAAAGUAGCAAAUACAGAGGUCAAUAGUUAG